AUCCACGAGAUCUGAGAGCAAGGAAGCUGAGGGGGAGAGAGAAAGAGAGAGAGAGAGAAAGAGAGAGGAGCAGCUCUGAAUCUUCUGUCACUCUCUCUCACUCCACCGUGAGAGCUUCAGGACUCAUGCUGUCCUCCAGCACACCCACACACACACACUGAAAGAGAGAGAGAGAGAGAGAGAGAGAAGACACUGAAACACACUGAAGAGAAAACGGAAGGAUUUUCUGAUUUCUCCUGAGGAGCUGCAAAUAACCCUCGGAGAAGGAUGGCAGAGGGAGAAGGGGGAGAUGAAGAGAUACAGUUCCUACGGACGGAAGACCAAGUUGUACUCCAGUGCUCUGCGACUGUUCUGAAGGAGCAGAUCAAACUAUGCCUUUCCUGUGAAGGCUUUGGGAACCGUCUGUGCUUUCUAGAGACAACGUCAAAUGCCCAGAAUGUGCCGCCUGAUCUGGCAAUCUGUGCCUUUGUACUGGAGCAGUCGCUGUCAGUACGAGCCCUGCAGGAGAUGCUGGCCAACACCGUGGAGAUGAAUGAGUCAUUUCAGGGAGGGGGACACCGAACGCUGCUCUAUGGCCAUGCCAUCCUUCUGAGACACUACCACUCUGGCAUGUAUCUGAGCUGCUUGACGACAUCACGUUCACUCACAGACAAGCUGGCCUUUGAUGUGGGCCUGCAAGAGGAUUCUACAGGGGAAGCGUGUUGGUGGACCAUCCAUCCUGCAUCCAAGCAGAGGUCAGAGGGUGAGAAGGUCAGGGUAGGAGACGACCUGAUCUUGGUUAGCGUGUCAUCAGAGAGAUACCUACAUCUGUCGUACGCCAGCGGCGACCUGAUGGUAGAUGCCUCCUUCAUGCAGACCUUAUGGAACAUGAAUCCAGUCUGCUCAGGCUGUGAGCUGGCAGAGGGGUACUUAACUGGAGGUCAUGUCUUAAGAUUGUUUCAUGGUCACAUGGAUGAGUGUCUGGCCAUCUCAACACCUGAUCAGGGAGAGGAGCAGCGCAAAAUUGCACAGUAUGAAGGAGGGGCGGUGUGUAGUCAAGCCCGUUCGUUGUGGAGACUUGAGCCUCUGAGAAUUGGUUGGAGCGGUAGCCACAUGAAGUGGGGCCAGGCUUUCCGCGUACGCCACAUCACAACGGGUCGGUACCUGUGUCUGGAUGAGGAGAAAGGUCUGAUGGUUCUGGAUCCAGAGAAAGCCAACACUAAAUUGUCCGCCUUCUGUUUCCGUGCAUCAAAGGAGAAAGUGGAGGGGGCUCAGAAGAAGCGAGACGUGGAAGGAAUGGGUGUUCCGGAGAUCAAGUAUGGCGAGUCCAUGUGUUUUAUGCAGCAUCUUUCCACAGGGUUGUGGCUCACAUACGCUGCUUUAGAUGCUAAAGCGGCUCGCCUGGGAACCAUGAAGAGAAGGGCCAUAUUACAUCAAGAGGGCCACAUGGAUGAUGCACUGACUUGCUCUCGCUCUCAGAUGGAAGAGUCUCAGGCUGCUCGUAUGAUCUACAGCACCACAGGCCUUUUUACACAGUUUAUCAAAGGUCUGGACUCUUUGAGUGGGAAGAACAAAUCCCCCGGUCCGGUGUCCUUGCCAUUGGAUGGAGUGAUCCUGUCCUUGCAGGAUCUGAUCCAUUACUUCCGGCCUCCAGAGGAGGAGCUGGAACACGAGGAGAAACAGACCAAGCUGCGCUCUCUACGCAACCGACAGAACCUCUUCCAAGAAGAGGGGAUGAUCACCAUCGUGCUGGAGUGUAUUGACCGCCUGAAUGUCUACAACACUGCCGCACACUUCUCUGAGUUUGCCGGAGAGGAAGCUGCUGAAUCCUGGAAAGAGAUUGUCAACCUGCUCUAUGAACUGCUUGCAUCGCUGAUUAGAGGAAACCGUUCUAACUGUGCUCUGUUUUGCGAUAACCUGGACUGGCUGGUUAGUAAACUGGAUCGUCUGGAAGCUUCUUCAGGCAUCCUAGAGGUGCUGUAUUGUGUUUUGAUUGAAAGUCCUGAAGUCUUGAACAUCAUUCAGGAGAAUCACAUCAAGUCUAUAAUUUCUCUCUUGGACAAGCACGGUCGAAACCAUAAGGUUUUAGACGUAUUGCGUUCUCUGUGUGUGUGUAACGGUGUUGCCGUGAGGUCCAAUCAAAACCUCAUCACAGAAAAUCUGCUUCCGGGCCGUGACCUCCUGCUGCAGACUAACAUCGUUAACUAUGUAUCAAGCGUGAGGCCCAAUAUCUUCUUGGGGACUUGUGAAGGUUCUACACAGUAUAAGAAGUGGUACUAUGAGGUGAUGGUAGACUAUGUGGAACCGUAUGUGACAGCUCAGGCCAGCCAUCUGCGUGUUGGCUGGGCUCUGACUGAAGGCUUCAGUCCAUACCCAGGAGGAGGAGAGGGAUGGGGUGGCAACGGUGUGGGUGAUGACCUGUAUUCUUAUGGUUUUGAUGGCCUUCAUUUGUGGUCAGGUCAUGUGCCACGUCAGGUUGCUUCGCCCAACCAGCACAUCCUGGCAGCAGAUGAUGUUGUGAGCUGCUGUCUGGAUCUGAGUGUGCCCAGUAUCUCCUUCCGUAUCAAUGGCCAUCCAGUCCAGGGAAUGUUUGAGAACUUCAACGUAGACGGCCUCUUCUUUCCUGUCAUUAGCUUCUCUGCUGGAGUGAAAGCUCGCUUCCUCUUGGGUGGUCGCCAUGGGGAUUUUAAGUUCUUGCCUCCUCCUGGUUACUCACCAUGUUACGAAGCUCUUCUCCCCAAAGACAGAAUGCGCAUUGAGCCUAUUAAGGAGUAUAAACAUGACUUUAAUGGAGUCAGAAACCUGCUGGGCCCCACGCAGUCCCUCACGCACACUUCAUUCACUCCCUGUCCCGUUGACACUGCCCAGAUUGUUCUACCUCCUCAUUUGGAGCGGAUCAGAGAGAAGCUUGCAGAAAACAUUCAUGAGCUCUGGGCUGUGACUCGUAUUGAGCAGGGUUGGACCUAUGGAGUGUUCAGGGAUGAUAAUAAGAAGUUGCACCCAUGUCUGGUGGACUUUCAGAGUCUUCCAGAACCUGAGAAGAAUUAUAACCUCCAGAUGUCUGGAGAGACCUUGAAAACCCUCUUAGCUUUGGGUUGCCAUGUAGGCAUGGGAGAUGAGAAAGCAGAGGAGAAUCUGAGGAAGAUAAAAUUGCCCAAAACUUAUGUGAUGAGCAGUGGGUUCAAACCUGCUCCUCUAGACCUCAGCCACGUCAAACUGACACCCAAUCAGAACCAAUUGGUCGAGAAGUUGGCAGAAAAUGGGCAUAAUGUUUGGGCACGGGACAGAGUGAGGCAAGGAUGGACCUACAGCAUUGUGCAGGACAUUCUGAAUAAGCGUAACCCUCGUCUGGUACCUUACAACCUCCUGGAUGAGAGAACCAAGAAGACGAACAGAGACAGUGUGAACAACGCUGUGCGCACUCUGAUUGGCUAUGGAUACAACAUCGAGCCCCCGGAUCAGGAGAGCAGUGGUCUUGGUGAUGAGAACACUCGUGGAGAUAAAGUGCGCAUCUUCAGGGCAGAGAAGCAGUAUGCUGUUACCUCAGGAAAAUGGUACUUUGAGUUUGAGGCCGUGACCACAGGAGAGAUGAGAGUUGGCUGGGCUCGACCGAACGUCCGCUCUGAUGUUGAGCUCGGUUCUGAUGAGCUGGCCUACGUCUUUAAUGGAAACAGGGCUCAGCGAUGGCACAUUGGUAAUGAGCCAUUUGGCCGUCAAUGGCAGUCUGGUGAUGUGGUCGGGUGCAUGAUAGACCUCACUGAAAUGAACAUUAUGUUCACUCUUAAUGGAGAGAUGUUGAUCAGCGAUUCUGGCUCUGAAAUGGCUUUCAAAGACAUUGAGAUUGGAGACGGUUUUAUUCCGGUCUGCACUUUGGGUCUUUCUCAGGUUGGCCGUAUUAACCUGGGUCAGAAUGUUAGCAGCCUACGCUACUUCGCCAUCUGUGGGCUCCAAGAAGGCUUUGAGCCAUUCGCCAUCAACAUGAAGAGAGACAUCACAAUGUGGUUCAGUAAGAGCCUCCCCCAGUAUGUUCCAGUGCCCACCGACCACAACCACAUUGAGGUCUCUCGUGUGGAUGGAACUGUAGACAGCGCCCCCUGUAUUAAAAUAACCCACAAGACUUUUGGAUCCCAAAAUGCCAACACAGACAUGAUGUUCUUCAGACUGAGCAUGCCUGUAGAGUUCCACCUGACCUUCAAGGUGCCAGCAGGCACUACCCCCCUCACACGAACCCUCACCAUCCCUGAAGAUCAGGUGCUGGAGGUAGACCCCAACUCUGACUUUGAGGUGCUGAAGAAGUCGGCCAGUCGCAAAGAGCAGGAGGAGAAGGAAAAGGAGCCGUCCGUGCCCAAAGAUAUCCAAAGCAUUAAGGAAAAUGACAAAGACACUGUAUCCGAGAAAGGAAAGAAGAAAGGCUUCCUGUUUAAAGCUAAAAAGGCAGCCAUGAUCACUCCUCCUCCACCUCAACCUAUUAUGCCCCGUUUGUUUGAGGAUGUGGUGCCUGAUGAUCGUGAUGACCCAGAGAUCAUCCUCAAUACGACCACAUACUACUACUCAGUCCGUAUCUUCGCCGGUCAAGAACCUAGCGGGGUAUGGGUGGGUUGGGUCACCCCAGACUUCCACAUGUAUGACCUCAACUUUGACCUGUCUAAGGUCCGCACUGUCACUGUCACUGUUGGAGAUGACAAGGGCAAUAUACAUGACAGUAUGAGGAGGAGUAAUUGCUAUAUGGUGUGGGGAGGAGAGUUUGGCAGCAGCACCCAGCAGAGGUUCAGCCAGGAGGAUGUGGUGAUUGGUUGCUUGGUUGACCUGGCAACAGGACUCAUGAAUUUCACAGCCAAUGGGAAAGAGAUUAACACUUUCUACCAGGUCGAGCCCAACACUAAGUUGUUUCCAGCUGUGUUUGUUUUGCCGACCAGCCAGAACAUGCUGCAGCUGGAACUCGGAAAACUCAAGAAUAUCAUGCCUCUUUCGGCAGCCAUGUUCCGUAGUGAGCGCAAGAACCCGGUGCCCCAGUGUCCUCCUCGGCUGGAUGUUGAGAUGUUGACCCCUGUGAUCUGGAGCCGGAUGCCUGACCACUUCCUGGAUCCAAAAGUGGGGCGGGUGAGCGAGAGGCAUGGCUGGAUGGUGGAAUGUACAGAGCCUCUCACCAUGAUGGCUCUGCAUAUACCUGAAGAGAACAGGUGUAUCGACAUCUUGGAGCUGUCUGAACAGCAUGACUUGCUGAAGUUCCACUAUCACACUCUCAUGCUUUAUUGUGCUGUGUGUGCAUUGGGCAACAACCGUGUGGCCCAUGCCCUCUGCAGCCACGUGGACGAAUCACAGCUCUUCUACGCUAUCGAGAACACCUAUCUGCCCGGCCCCCUCCGCAGUGGCUACUACGACCUUCUGAUCAGUAUCCACCUGGAGUCAGCCAAACGUAAUCGCCUGGGAACCAAUCGUGAGUUUAUUGUUCCCAUGACAAAAGAGACGCUGAGCAUCACGCUUUUCCCCGAUGCAGAGGCGGCCAAUGACCUGCCAGGAGUGGGUCUCACGACCUGCCUCAGACCCAAGCUACACUUCUCCCCCAUCAACUUUGUGGGUACCGACCCAGAUCUGUACACCAUAAGCCCCAUCAUUCCUCUGCAGGAGCUGAAGACCAAGGCUCUAAACAUGCUUACUGAAGCCGUGUUCGAUGGCAGCCAGGCCAUGCGUGAUCCUGUUGGGGGCAGCGUUGAGUUUCACUUCGUUCCUAUUCUCAAACUGAUCAGCACCCUCCUCAUAAUGGGCAUCUUCAACGAUGAAGACGUCAAGCACAUUCUCAAGAUGAUUGAUCCCAAUGUGUUCGGCAAGAAAGAGGAGGCAGGAGAGACAGAGGAACCAGAAGAGGAAGCUGCUCCCAAGGAGGAAGGAGAGGAGGUGAAAGAAAAAGAAGAAGCGGCUGAAGGAGAAGAGGAACCCAUGGAUGAGGGAGUUGGGGAGGAGGAGGAGGAUGAGGAGCUAAAAGCUCUAAAGAAGGAGGAGGGACAUGAAGGAGAAGAGGUUGAGAAGGCAGUAGAGGAGGAGGAGGGAGAGAAGGUGGAUGGAGAAAAAGCAGAGGAGGAAAAGGAGGCAGAAGAAGUAGGCGAGCAGGCCAAAGAGGAGGAAGAGGAGGCUCCAGAGGAGGGACUGCUUCAAAUGAAGCUGCCAGAGUCUGUCAAACUUCAGAUGUGUACCCUUCUACAGUAUUUCUGUGACUGUGAGCUCAGACACAGAGUGGAGGCAAUUCUGGCAUUCUCUGAUAAAUUUGUACAGCAGAUCCAAUCAAACCAGCGUGUACGAUACAAUGACCUAAUGAGAGCAUUUACAAUGUCUGCUGCAGAGACCGCUCGCAGGACCAGAGAGUUUCGCUCUCCUCCACUGGAACAGAUUUUGAUGUUGACUAACUUCAAGCACAGCCCAGAAGAAGAGGAUUGCCCUGUACCAGAGGAAGUGCGGGAAACCCUCCAGAAUUUCCACGAUGAGCUGCUGAAUCACUGUGGUGUACACGUAGAAGAAGAAGCAGAGGAGGAAGAGGUAGAGGCGUCUCUGAGAGGGAGACUGCUCAGUUUAGUGGAGAAGAUAAAGACCUUAAGGAAGAAAGAGGAGGAAGAGGAACCAGAACCAGAGGAAGAGCCUAAACCUAGUACUUUACAGGAACUGAUAUCCCACACAAUGAUCCACUGGGCACAGGAGUCCUUUAUUCAGAACCCUGAGCUGGUGCGGCUCAUGUUCAGUCUUCUUCAUCGGCAGUAUGAUGCUCUGGGAGAGCUGAUCCGUGCCCUGCCAAAGGCCUAUGCCAUCAGCGGUGUGUCCAUACAGGACACAAUGGACCUGCUAGAGUGCCUGGGACAGAUCCGUUCUCUUCUCAUUGUCCAGAUGGGCCCGGAAGAGGAGAGGCUCAUGAUUCAGAGCAUUGGGAACGUCAUGAACAACAAGUUGUUCUACCAGCACCCUAACUUGAUGCGAGCUCUGGGCAUGCAUGAGACGGUCAUGGAGGUUAUGGUCAAUGUACUGGGAGGUGGAGGAGACUCUAAGGAAAUACGAUUCCCGCAAAUGGUUACCAGUUGCUGUCGCUUCCUGUGCUACUUCUGCAGGAUCAGCCGUCAGAACCAGCGUUCCAUGUUUGACCACCUCUCAUACCUGCUGCAGAACAGUGGCAUUGGACUCGGAAUGCGUGGAUCUACUCCUUUGGAUGUUGCUGCUGCAUCUUGCAUUGACAACAAUGAGCUUGCACUGGCUCUUCAAGAGCAAGACCUUGAGAUGGUGGUGACCUAUCUGGCUGGAUGCGGCCUUCGAAUGUGCCCCAUGCUUCUGUCUAAAGGCUACCCUGACAUCGGAUGGAAUCCAGGUGGAGGAGAGAGAUAUCUGGACUUCCUACGUUUUGCUGUGUUUGUAAAUGGUGAGAGCGUAGAGGAGAAUGCCAACGUGGUUGUUCGUCUGUUGAUUCGUCGGCCUGAGUGCUUCGGCCCCGCUCUGAGAGGAGAGGGUGGCGCAGGUCUGUUAGCUGCCAUCGAAGAGGCCAUUAAGAUCUCGGAAGACCCUGCCAGAGAUGGGCCAACUCCUAAAAAGGACAGACGUUUUAUGUUUGGAGGGGAGGAGCAACAUGAAGAGAACAGAGUACAUCUCGGAAAUGCUAUCAUGUCAUUUUACUCGGCUCUUAUUGACUUGCUGGGUCGCUGUGCUCCUGAGAUGCAUUUGAUCCAAGCAGGUAAAGGCGAAGCUUUGAGAAUCAGAGCUAUCUUGAGGUCUCUCGUACCCAUUGAAGACCUGGUGGGAGUCAUCAGCCUUCCUGUUCAGAUCCCCACCUUUGGCAAAGAUGGCCAGAUUGUUGAGCCAAAAAUGUCCGCGAGUUUCGUGCCAGACCACAAAGCCUCCAUGGUGCUUUUCUUGGACAGAGUGUAUGGAAUUGAUAACCAAGACUUCCUGUUGCAUGUGCUAGAAGUGGGCUUCCUGCCCGAUAUGAGAGCCUCAGCUUCUCUAGAUACGGCGGCAUUCAGCACCACAGAGAUGGCUCUGGCUCUAAACCGUUACCUGUGCUCAGCUGUGCUUCCUCUGCUCACAAAGUGUGCCCCACUGUUCGCUGGCACAGACCACCGUGCCAUCAUGAUCGACUCAAUGCUGCACACCAUCUACAGACUGUCCCGUGGCCGUGCCCUUACCAAGGCCCAGAGGGACGUCAUCGAGGACUGCCUUAUGUCUCUUGUCAAGUAUUUGCGGCCGUCUAUGUUGCAGCAUCUGUUGAGAAGGCUGGUGUUUGAUGUGCCAAUCUUAAACGAGUAUGCCAAGAUGCCCCUCAAGCUGUUGACCAAUCACUAUGAGCGCUGCUGGAAGUAUUAUUGCCUGCCGAAUGGAUGGGCGAACUUUGGCGUCACAUCAGAGGAAGAGCUGCAUCUCUCUCGCAAACUCUUCUGGGGCAUCUUUGAGUCCCUCGCACACAAGAAAUUCGAUGCAGAGCUGUUUAAGAUCGCCAUGCUCUGCAUCUGUGCCAUUGCGGGUGCCAUCCCUCCAGACUAUGUGGAUGCUAGCUAUUCAUCUGUGACUGAAAAGAAAGCAUCAGUCGAUGCCGAGGGAAACUUUGACCCCAAACCAGUGGAGACAACAAACACCAUCAUUCCUGAGAGACUCGAUGCCUUCAUUAACAAAUAUGCCGAGCACACGCAUGAUAAAUGGGCCUUUGAGAAGAUCCAAAACAACUGGACAUAUGGAGAGGUUCUAGAUGAGAACAGCAAAACUCACCCCAUGCUGCGGCCGUACAAGACUUUCUCAGAGAAGGAUAAAGAGAUCUAUCGCUGGCCCAUUAAAGAGUCCAUCAAGGCCAUGCUGGCAUGGGAAUGGACUCUGGAGAAAGCCAGAGAUGGAGAAAUUGAGAAAACUGAAGUGAAGGCCAGCAGGAAGAUCUCCCAGACUGCUCAGGCCACCUAUGAUCCCAGCCAGGGAUACUCUCCCCAGCCGGUGGAACUGACAGGCAUGGCCUUGUCCAGAGAGCUACAGUCCAUGGCAGAGCAGCUUGCUGAGAAUUACCAUAACACUUGGGGCCGCAAGAAAAAGAUGGAGCUGCAAUCCAAGGGUGGUGGCACCCAUCCUUUGUUGGUACCAUAUGACACAUUGACGGCCAAGGAGAAGACAAGAGACAGAGAGAAAGCCCAAGACCUGCUCAAAUUCCUUCAGCUUAAUGGAUACGCGGUCACAAGAGGUUUGAAGGACAUGGAACAAGAGAUUUCCUCCAUUGAGAAGCGGUUCGCUUAUGGGUUCCUGCAGAAGCUGUUGAAGUGGAUGGAGAUUGCCCAGGAGUUUAUUGCUCAUCUUGAGGCUGUUGUGAGCAGUGGAAGAGUCGAGAAAUCCCCUCACGAACAAGAGAUUAAAUUCUUUGCCAAGAUUCUACUUCCACUGGUAAACCAGUACUUCAAGAAUCACUGCCUGUAUUUCCUGUCCACACCUGCUAAAGUCCUGGGCAGUGGUGGCCAUGCCUCUAACAAAGAGAAGGAGAUGAUUGCUAGUAUCUUCUGUAAGUUGGCCGGUCUGGUGAGACACAGGGUUUCCCUCUUUGGCACUGAUGCCUCAGCAGUGGUCAACUGUCUCCACAUCCUUUCUCGCUCACUGGAUGCUAGAACUGUAAUGAAAUCUGGGCCGGAGAUUGUAAAGGCUGGUCUGCGCUCUUUCUUUGAGAGUGCUGCCGAUGACAUUGAGAAGAUGGUCGAGAACCUUAAACUGGGGAAAGUGUCUACCAAAAAUCAGGUGAAAGGUGUGUCUCAGAACAUUAGCUACACCACCACUGCUCUUCUGCCAGUGCUCACCUCUCUGUUCGACCACAUCGCCCAGCACCAGUUUGGAGAUGAUGUCAUGUUGGAUGACUUGCAGAUAUCCUGUUACCGUAUCAUGUGCAGUAUCUAUUCCCUGGGCACUGUAAAGACCCCUCAUGCUGAGAACCAAAGACCAGCUCUAGGAGAAUGUCUGGCUCAUCUGGCUGCUGCCAUGCCUGUUGCAUUUCUGGAGCCUCAACUCAACGAGUUCAAUGCAUACUCGGUGUACACUACCAAAACCCCACGAGAGAGAACAAUCUUGGGUCUACCCAGUCAAGUGCAGGAACUGUGUCUGGACAUCCCCGAGCUGGACAUGUUGAUGAAAGAGAUCGGGGAUCUGGCAGAGUCUGGGGCCCGUUACACAGAGAUGCCCCACGUGAUUGAGAUCACCCUGCCCAUGCUGUGCAACUAUCUGCCCCGCUGGUGGGAGAGAGGACCAGAGAACUUCCCAGAGCAGGAAGGCCGUCUGUGCACGGAUGUCACCUCGGAACAGCUCAAUCAGCUCCUGGGUAGCAUCAUGAAAAUUGUCGUCAAUAAUCUGGGCAUUGAUGAAGCUUCCUGGAUGAAGAGAUUGGCAGUGUUUGCUCAGCCCAUUGUGAGCAGGGCGAAGCCUGAGAUGCUCAAGUCCCACUUCAUCCCCACCAUGGAGAAGCUGAAGAAGCGUUGUGGAAAGGUUGUGGCCGAGGAGGAUCAGCUGCGUAUGGAGGGGAAGACAGAGAUGGACAGUGAACAGGGAACCAUUCGUGAUGAGUUUGCUGUGCUCUGCAGAGAUCUGUAUGCUCUUUACCCGCUACUCAUCCGAUACGUGGACAACAACAGGGCGAGGUGGUUGACCUGUCCUGACCCUGAUGCUGAGGACCUCUUCAGGAUGGUGGGAGAAGUCUUUAUCUUCUGGUCCAAAUCUCACAACUUCAAACGCGAGGAGCAGAAUUUUGUGGUGAUGAAUGAGAUCAACAACAUGUCGUUCCUCACUGCCGACAGCAAAAGCAAGAUGAGCAAGGGCGGAGACGGAGAGGGUGGAGGCUCAGAUGUCGAGCGGACCAAGAAGAAGCGUCGCGGGGACCGUUAUUCCGUUCAGACCUCGCUGAUUGUAGCGGCACUGAAGAAACUUCUCCCCAUCGGCCUCAACAUGUGCUCCCCUGCAGACCAAGAGCUCAUAAACAUGGCCAAGAUCCGCUACUCUCUGAAAGACACAGACGAAGAAGUGAGGGAGUUUCUGCAGAAUAACCUGCAUUUACAGGGAAAGGUUGAGGACCCAUCUAUGCGCUGGCAGAUGGCUCUGUAUAAGGAGACCUCAGGUAAAGCUGAAGACGCCGAUGCCCCGGAGAAGGUUGUGAAGAGAGUUCAGGAAGUUUCGGCUGUUCUCUAUCACAUUGAGUUGACUGAGCAUCCAUACAAAUCCAAGAAAAUGGUUUGGCACAAGCUUUUGUCCAAACAGCGUCGCAGGGCAGUAGUGGCCUGCUUCAGAAUGACACCGCUGUACAACAUCCCCAGGCACCGGGCAUCUAACAUGUUCCUUGAUGGUUACAAGCGCAAUUGGAUUGAAAAUGAGGGCUACUCUUUUGAAGACAAGAUGAUCGAUGACUUAUCUAAAGCAAUGGAGCAGGAAGAAGAAGAAGAGGAAGAAACCGAAUCAAAACCGGAUCCCCUUCAUCAGCUCAUCCUUCACUUCAGCCGCACGGCUCUCACAGAGAAAACUAAACUUGAAGUGGAUCAUCUAUAUAUGUCUUACGCUGAUAUAAUGGCAAAAAGCUGCCACAUUGGUGAGGAGGACGAAGGGGGAGAGGAGGGGGGCGAGGAGCCAUCCUUUGAGGUGCGACAGACAGAGAUGGAGAAGGAGAUGGAAAAGCAGAGGCUUCUGUACCAGCAGUCCCGUCUACAUGACCGCGGAGCAGCUGAAAUGGUUCUACAGAUGAUCAGUGCUUGCAAAGGUGAGACGGGAGCCAUGGUGUCCUCUACUCUCAAACUUGGCAUCUCCAUCCUCAAUGGUGGCAACAGUGAUGUUCAGCAGAGGAUGUUGGACUACCUGAAAGACAAGAAAGAUGUGGGCUUCUUCCUUAGCCUACAGGCUCUCAUGCAAACCUGCAGUGUUCUGGAUCUGAAUGCGUUUGAGAGACAGAAUAAGGCAGAUGGUCUUGGUAUGGUGUCAGAGGAGGGCUCAAACAUCAAGCUAGAGCGUGAAGAGAAAGUGAUGGCAGAUGAUGAAUUCACUUGUGACCUUUUUCGCUUCCUGCAGCUGCUUUGUGAAGGCCACAACAACGAUUUCCAGAACUAUCUGCGCACACAGACAGGCAGCACGACUACGAUCAACGUCAUCAUCUGCACGGUUGACUAUCUGCUCAGACUGCAGGAGUCUAUCAGUGACUUCUACUGGUAUUACUCUGGGAAGGAUAUCAUUGAUGAACCAGGCAAAAGAAACUUUUCGAAGGCAAUGACGGUUGCUAAACAGGUUUUCAACAGCCUGACUGAGUAUAUCCAGGGUCCUUGCACUGGUAAUCAGCAGUCUCUGGCUCACAGCAGAUUGUGGGAUGCCGUGGUGGGCUUCUUGCACGUGUUCGCGCACAUGAUGAUGAAGCUAGCACAGAAGACCUCGGAUAUUUCCAGAAAAGGUUCCAUCAACACUGAAUCAGUAUCAUCUAUGCACCCUGACCCUGGACUCCGAAAUGGCGAUCAUUUCUGGAGUAGAACACAUUCUGAGGACUCCAGCCAGAUUGGUCUGUUGAAGGAGCUUCUGGAUCUGCAGAAGGACAUGGUGGUGAUGCUCCUCUCUCUGUUAGAGGGUAACAUUGUGAAUGGCACAAUCGCUCGCCAGAUGGUUGACAUGCUGGUUGAGUCUUCCAGCAACGUAGAGAUGAUUCUCAAGUUCUUUGACAUGUUCCUCAAACUGAAGGACAUUGUGGCAUCGGAUGCCUUCCGUGACUAUGUGACGGACCCUCGUGGCCUUAUCUCCAAGAAAGACUUCUCCAAGGCUAUGGACAGUCAGAAGCAAUACACUCCAUCUGAGAUCCAGUUCCUGCUGUCUUGCUCCGAAGCCGAUGAGAACGAGAUGAUCAAUUUUGAAGAGUUUGCAGAUCGUUUCCAAGAGCCAGCCAAAGACAUCGGCUUCAACAUUGCUGUGCUACUCACCAACCUGUCUGAGCAUGUUCCUCAUGACACUCGCUUGCAGAACUUUCUGGAGCAAGCUGAGAGUGUGCUCAACUACUUCCGACCCUUCCUGGGCCGUAUCGAGAUCAUGGGUGCCGGCAAGAGGAUAGAACGGAUCUACUUUGAAAUCAGCGAGGCCAACCGCAACCAGUGGGAGAUGCCUCAGGUCAGAGAGUCAAAGCGGCAGUUCAUCUUUGAUGUCGUCAAUGAGGGUGGUGAGUCUGAGAAGAUGGAGCUCUUUGUGAACUUCUGCGAGGACACCAUUUUUGAGAUGAACAUCGCCUCGCAGAUCUCAGAGCAGGAAGAGGAGGUGAUAGAAGAUGAGGACGAAGAAGACGAGGAGGAGAGCAGUGGUGGCGGGAAUGGAGAGGGUGAAGGAGAAGAAGGGAAUGGAGAAGCAGCACCACCUGAAUCCAGCUCAGCCUUUGCAGACUUCAUCAAGAGCGUAAUGGACUUCAUCAGCCUCUUCACUUUCCGCAAUCUCAGACGCCGUUACCGCAAAAUCAGGAAAAUGACCAUAAAGGACAUGAUUGUUGGUCUGGUCAUGUUCCUCUAUACUGUCCUCUUUGGCAUCCUGCACUUCAUCUACAGCGUCUGCCGAGGUUUCUUCAUGCUCAUCUGGAACACUCUCUUCGGAGGAGGUCUGGUGGAGGGAGCUAAGAAGAUGACAUUGACAGAGAUCCUUACUAACAUGCCCGACCCAACUCAAGAUGAGGUGCACGGUGACCUUCCACCUGAGCCAGGAGCAAGAAAAGUUCAAGAAUCAGGCGGAGCUGGUGAGGGAGAGGAGGGAACAGGAGUCGGAGAGGAGGAAGCAGAAGAAGGAGAAGAGGAUGAUGGUGGAAGACCUGGUUUUGGUCCUCACGGCGGUUUAGGAGAUAUGGGAGAAACUGAGCCAGAGGAGCCUCCGACUCCAGAAGGCAGCCCACUGCUGAAGAGGAAGCUGGUGGUUGAGGAAGGAGAGGGAAAAGCAGUAGAAGAGGAGAAAGUAGAGGAAGAAACAGCCCCUGAACCGGAAAAAGCAGAUGAUGAAAAUGGAGAGAAGGCAGAGAAGGAGGCAGAACCUGAGCCAGAAGAAAAAACAGAUGAAGAGCAAGAGGAGAAAAAAGCAAAGACUAAAGCAAAGAAAGGCAAGAAGCAAGAGGAAGAGGGCUUUGAACUCUGGAAUGAACUGGAAGUCCAAAGAAACAAGUUCAUGAACUAUCUGUCUCGCAAUUUCUACAACCUGCGCUUCCUGGCUCUCUUCAUUGCCUUUGCACUCAACUUCAUUCUGCUCUUCUACAGGGUAUCUGACAGCCCACCUGGAGAAGAGGAAGAGUUUGAGGGUUCGGCUAUGUUUGAGGGUUCUGGAGUAUUUGAAGGCUCUGCUGUAUUUGAAGGCUCUGGUGUGUUUGAGGGCUCUGGGAUCUUUGAGGGCUCUGCUGGAGAAGCUGAAGGUUCUGGAAUGGAGGAGAAUGGAGAGGAAGAGGAGGAAGAAGGGUUUGUCUACUUCUUCCUGGAAGAGAGCACUGGAUAUAUGGAACCCGCUUUGGCCUUCUUCUCUAUCUUACACACCAUCAUUUCUUUCCUCUGUAUCAUCGGCUACAACUGUCUGAAGGUUCCUUUGGUCAUCUUUAAGAGAGAGAAGGAACUAGCCCGUAAACUGGAGUUUGACGGUUUGUACGUGACUGAACAACCAGAAGAUGAUGACAUCAAGGGCCAGUGGGACAGACUUGUCCUCAAUACACCGUCUUUCCCGAACAACUACUGGGACAAAUUUGUGAAGAGAAAGGUGCUAGAGAAGUAUGGCGAUAUCUACGGUAGAGAAAGAAUCGCUGAGCUGCUCGGCAUGGAUCUAGCAUCCCUUGACGUCAGUGCUAUGACACACGAGAAGAAGCCUCACAUUGAUCCCUCAAUGUUCACAUGGUUUACAUCUAUUGACAUCAAAUACCAAAUCUGGAAAUUUGGAGUGGUAUUCACUGAUAAUACGUUCCUGUAUCUGGUUUGGUAUCUGGUCAUGUCAGUGCUUGGCCACUUCAACAACUUUUUCUUCGCCUGUCAUCUGCUGGACAUCGCUAUGGGCGUCAAAACCCUGCGCACCAUCCUGUCCUCUGUAACUCACAAUGGCAAACAGCUGCUGAUGACGGUGGGUCUGCUGGCUGUGGUGGUCUACCUCUACACAGUGGUGGCCUUCAAUUUCUUCCGAAAGUUCUACAACAUGAGUGAGGAUGAAGACGAACCGGAUAUGAAGUGUGACGACAUGAUGACUUGUUAUCUGUUCCACAUGUACGUGGGUGUGCGAGCUGGUGGUGGUAUAGGAGACGAGAUCGAGGAUCCAGCCGGAGACGAGUAUGAGCUUUACCGUGUGGUCUUUGACAUCACCUUCUUCUUUUUUGUCAUUGUCAUCCUGCUGGCCAUCAUUCAAGGUCUGAUCAUUGAUGCCUUUGGUGAGCUGAGAGAUCAGCAGGAGCAGGUCCGAGAGGACAUGGAGACUAAGUGUUUCAUUUGUGGAAUUGGAAGCGACUACUUUGACUCGACUCCGCAUGGGUUCGAGACGCAUACGCUGGAGGAGCACAAUUUAGCCAACUACAUGUUCUUCCUGAUGUAUUUAAUCAAUAAAGAUGAAACGGAGCACACAGGACAGGAGUCCUAUGUAUGGAAAAUGUACCAGGAGCGAUGCUGGGACUUCUUCCCAGCUGGGGACUGUUUCAGGAAGCAAUAUGAAGAUCAGCUUGGCUAAUUCUACAGCCUUGAAAGUGUGUGUUUGUGUGCAAGUAUCAUUUCAGGAAGGACGGUCAAAGAGGGAAUUAUUAAAAAUAGCCAAAAGAAGGGAACAAGGGAUAAAUGACCGACUGUAGCCAACACAUCACACAGACCACACAGACCCACUCAUACUACUUAAAACCUUAGAUUUCCCAGUUUGACUAAACAAGAGAGAAAAAGUUUUUUAAACUGUAUUUACACACUACAAAGACCAUUUAAAUUACAUCAACCAAAAAUGAACAAACACCCCUAAACAAAGCCUUCCUUUCCUCUAUGUUUUGUCUGUCACUAUCAAUCUAAAAAUUCUCAGUGCCUAAUGUUGAAUCUUAACUGUACAGUGAGGGUUUAAGUAUGAUUUUAUUGAUAGUCUGUAGCGAUCUUUUUAUGUGUAGAGUAGCUGUCUAGAUCUUUUAAUUUUAGCAUAUAUAAAUAAAGCCUUGUUUAUGUUUAUAUAUAUUCAUGUAUACCACAGAAAUAUAGCCAUAUGAGUGGUAGCAUCACUCAUUAAGCAUUUUGACAAAUAUCAAGCCAGGCUUUUCCCCCUGGCGCAUCGAGUGAAUGUGAGAGUUUAAGUAUUACAACCUCAAUAUUUCUCUCCCUCCUCGGUUUUAAGUUUCAGAGAAUUACAAAUGAGACGUUUUAACUUUGUAAAAAUGUGAAACCACCUGUUUUGCACUCUAUAGUCUUAUAAUGGGACGCUGUAUCCAUGCCAAGCACAUACUUCCAUGGAGUCCUGCUACACAAUGCUUUAUUACAAAUAUAAAGAGGUGGAGAGGGUCAUUGGUUUUAUUAAAAACAUCCUCUCUAGAUUUACAAGACUAUGUCCUUUUACUCUGAUUAUGAGAAAGAAGUACUAUCAUGACUAUAUGCACGGUAUUAUUUAUGUUGCUAUACUGUCAUUUAAGACCUUGACGUGAACUAUGCUGUGUCAUUCAGAUAGCAAGACUGCAACUUCAUUUAUGCACUUAAAUACAUAGAUGAUAUAUUUUUGUUGGAGCUCUAAAUAAUUAAGAUACUCUGAACUUAAUGUGUCACAAGUGAGUAUUUAUUAUAUACCUUUUUUGGAGGGGAAUAUAGGUCAGAAUUUAGUAGAGAAGUGGAAAAGGAAUGAGAGGUAGAUUAAGUUAACGUAGACGUAACAAAGACGACAUGUUUUUGCCUGUUUGAUUUUUAUUCUUUUUGGCGAAAUCUCAUACUUUAUUUUUGUCGAUUAUAGGUGAAGUGUGUGGUCGUAGGUCUCUGAUAUUUGCGCAUCAGACAUCUCCAAGCGACUGAAAUAAACUCACAUGUGCAUGUUCCACCUUGUACGUUCUGCUGACAUGCUGUGACAGCACAUUAAGAGUGUGUGUUGAGGUCUUUUGGUGUGUUUUGCUCUGAGAGCUCAGAGAUGGAAGAAUCAACUUCUCUGGAUCUGACUGUGCAUCAAGCUGAAUCCUGUGUUUCAGUGCACAUUAAACAGUUCCAAUAUUUUAAGAG